CUGUCUCUUCAACACUCCGCCUGCAUCCCCGUCCGGAAGUCUCCGUUUUUCUUGCUCGCUUCCGCCUGCUGGAUCCAGCCCUCUGUGACUGUUUCUGCGAUUGAGACGCCGUUUCGGUUGGUUGUUUGGACUUCUAUCCAGAACGCCACCUGCCCUGCGCUGUCCGAAGGAGACAUCCCAGCCCGCCUACGAAUCGCCUCUCGGAGUCGGACCUCCUCGCAUCGCCUAACGGACCCUCCCACGUUAGCGGCCCCGAACGAUUAGAAAUCGGGAGUAGCUGUAUCUGCGAUCUUUCCGGCAUCGCCCUUUCUAGUUAUACCAAGUUAUAAUCGCAUCUCUCCACUCCGAAUAUUCAACUCGCCAUUAUGUCUGUGCCAACCUUGCAGCGAGAGACAGGAUUUCAGGUUCGGUCUCUGUUCCGAUCCUUGCUCCGGCAAUCCUCCCAGUUCUCGAACUACAACUUCCGCGAGUAUGCCCGCCGGCGCACGGUAGAUGCCUUCCGCGAGCACCAGAAGGAAGGCGAAGACAGGCGGAUACAGGAGUUGAUCCAGGAUGGACUACAGAAUCUGCGGAUGAUGAAGAGGCAAACCGUUAUCAGUCAAUUUUACCAGCUGGACAAGUUGGUUGUUGAAGGCCAGAAGACUGGAAAGCAAACUGGCUCGGAAGGCAACAUUGUUCGCCAGAAGGAUACCGGCUGGGACUAAUCGAUUUUCCUAAAUCUGUUGUUUUUGGAAGCGUGAGUACGGAGUUGAGGGGAAUCCGGAGCCAUACGACAUUGAUAUCACCCGCAGAUGAAGUGACGGAAUAGACCGGAGGGGUUCUGUAUUUUUAUUGAAAGCCACUGCGCUGUAGGUAACACCGAUGCUUACUCUGACUUGACCGCAAUACGAUUCUUCUCUCCCCAGAAACCAAUU